AUGUUUAUUAAUAAAGCAAGAAAAAACUAUCAUCCAUAACCAUUUUCAUAUUAUGAGAUUAAAAUUUAAGAAGUGAAAAGUUAUCCUUCAUAAAAAUCGCUGGUUUCAGAAUAAAACUAAUAAAAUUAUUUGAAGUUACGACUUGGUUCAACAAAUUCAAUAAUAGUAUAACAUAGAUCCAAAAGUCAAGUUCAUAUCAAAAAGGAAAAAGUUAUUACAACAUCUGACUUAAAUUAUAAUGUUGCUUACAAAAAAAUUUUUAGUCAAAAAAAUUUGUUCCAUUUGAUAGGAGGAAAUAUGUGA